CUUGAGAAACCUAGUAUUUUGUGAAAGCUUUCUCUCCUUUCAUUUGUAGUGUAUCUUUGAAGACCCAGGAAUGCAUUUCUGGUGGGCCCGGAAGCUAUUUCUUUGAAAUGUAAUCAUCAGGAAUGAUAGUGGCCCUAUCUCCCUGUCACCUUGAGAGUUUAGGUGCUUUACUCCCCAGCUGCAACCACCUGAUUCCUUAGGAUGGAGGCAGUUAGCUAGGACAAAAGGCUACCCCCAACCACCAGGUUCUUUUGCCUCAGAGCUUCCCCAGAAUAUUUUUGGAAAUUAUGGAUCGUCAUAUUCCCUUGCAUGCCUUACCUGAAGAAAUCCAAAAGAUGUCGCCAGAAGAAAAAGUUUGUAAGUACUGUGGAGUCAGCUAUCUAAUCCUUCAUGAAUUUAAGGCUAUGGAAGAAAAAGUGAAAGCAAUGGAAAAAGAGUUGAAAUUCUAUCAAGGAAGUAUAGAACGUGAAAAGAGGCUUCAAGAAAAGCUACAGUCUCUUAGCCAAGAUUUUGAACAGUACAAAAUUGACAAUGAAUCCAAAAUUGAAAGAAUUCAGGAUGCAAGAAUGCAGUUAAAAAGUCAACAAAAUGAAUUCCAGAGAAUACAGAAAGAAUUGAGUCAUAUGCAACAUGAGUUAAAUAUUAAACACAGACAAUUGCAAGUCUUCAGUCAGAGAUCGCUGGAAUACAACUAUUUCUGGAAUAAAACUCUUUCUUUACUUACCUUUACUAAAAGAGAGCUAACCAGUAUUAAAAAGGAAGUAUAUGACAAUUUUCAAAACUGGACUUUGCUGAAAGGAGAAGUUUUUCUACAAAUUAAAUCUAUAAGUGAAACAGCAUUGACAGAAAUAGACAGAUUAAAUAAAAGUUUGACAGUGUCCCAGAGAAGUAAGUUAUGCCUUGAAGAGGAAAUGAAAAAUCUGAAAUUGUUGUCAGAUGCAGCCAUAUUGAGGUCUCAGCAGAUUGAGACAUCUAAACAGCAGGAAGUAAGCUUGCAAGCCAGAUGCCAUGAAUUUCAAAAAGAAGUACUAGAUUUGCAAUGUCAAGUAGAGGGGCUUGGCUUAAAGCUUCAGAGGGCAGUGACAGAGCUGGACAACUGUAAAGAACUACUCAUGAAUAAAUCUAAUGAAGCUGAUGAGUGUCAAAGAAAACUUAGAAAACUGAAGUUUGAAGCCAUUAUUUCUGAGUCACGGCACACUAGGCUACUUAAAGAAAAAGAAGACUCUCUAAUGAAUUGUCAACAAAUGCAUAAAGUUUUGCAGGAACAACUGACUAUAAAAGAGAAGCAAGAAGAAGACAUAAAAAGAAGAGUCAAUCUUGCAGAAAAGGAACUAGAAAUAACUAAAAGUAUUCUGAAUCAGACAAAGGAAGAGGUUGUAACACUGAAAAAUGAAAGGAAUUUGAUGCUGAUUUCACAUCAGAAAAACAUGGAGCAGCUGCAGGAAACCCUUAGACAGAAGCUGCUGAGUGAUGAUAACUGGAGGGAGAAGAUUGAAGCUGAACUUGCCAAGGAAAGAGCCCGACAUUUAAUUGAAUUUGAGGAACAAGCUCUUCUCUUUAAGGAAGAAGCGAAACUGGAACUUGAUAUUGAAAAAGAAAAGCACCAAGAAAUAAUCCAGAAGUACAAGAAAGAACAAGAAGAACUACAAACGAAGAUAUCUGACUUAAUCGCAGGCGCUACAAGGGAUCUAAGGCUAGAAGUGACCAAUCUUGAAGAAAAACUCCAUGAAUCCCAUAUCCGAUACGCUACAGAAUCUGAAUCAAAGGCAAAAGAAAUUGAAAACCUUAAAAGUUUGGUUGCAGAAUUUGAGUCUCGCUUGAAGAAGGAAGUUGACAGUAAUGAUUCACUUUCAGAAGACUUACGGAAGGAAAUGCAACAGAAGUCAGAUGAACUGGAAAAAGUAAUGCUGGCACAGACACAACUGAUGCAGCAGUUUAACCAGUCCCAGGAAGAGAACACGCUUCUUCAGGAGACGGUGCGUAGAGAGUGCGAAGAACGCUUUGAACUGACGGAGGCUUUGAGUCAAGCCAGAGAGCAGCUCCUGGAGCUCAGGAAGCUCAGUGGCAGUCUACCUUUGUCGCCCUGUUCGCUCGGCAAGGGCAGUCUAACCUCCUGCGCCGCGACCGUCAGUAACCAGCGCGAGAGAGGCCUUGGGAGACUGAACUCGGAAAAAGGAGCCCGCGUCCCCAGCCUGUAUGGAGUGUCCAAACCCACCCCUGCCCCAGCCUCGGAGAAGCCCAAGAGGGCCGGCAGCUCGGGCUUGCCUGUUCUCCCCCAGACACACCCUCCUAGGGGCCAGUCACCUUCAGUGAACGAGACGCGACGGAGGCUGGCGAUCAUGCUUCGGAGGAGGCUGAGUCAACAGUGACUGAUCUGGAGUCAGGAGCGGCCCCGCCCGGAGUGCGCGCUCUCCGGGGGCGCGGAGACUCCCUGUCACUGAGAAUGAGUGAUCCAGCAGGUUCGCAGAUUAGGAAUGCAUGUCAGCGGAUGUACUUAACAAAAGAACGUAAGAAGCCAGGAGACUGUGAAAACACAUAUCCCAAGAAGCCUCUGAACUUGAAAUAGACAAUGAAGUUGUUGGUCUUCCAGGAGGUCAAUUUCUAUAUGUAUGUAGCAUAUGUGUCUAGAAGUGUUCUAUGAAUAUGCCCUUUAGAGAUCACAGGUAAAUUUUUUUACCCAUAGCAUCUUUUUUUUUCUUCUACACCCCCUUGUUUUUUUCCUCUUGCAGGUAUAUUUCCACAAAAAAUAGAUCACAUUGGUUCUGUUGGUGUUUUUUUCCCUUUGUUUGUUGAGCUAAAUAGGUUAAAUAGAUGUAGCAAGUGUUCCUAGUAGGGAAAAAAAAAAGUUUUUUAGUCUUUAAUUAGAUAAUUUCCAAAAUGCUUAGUUCAGAUAUUCACAGGAGCUCAUUAGCACUGUCAAAGCAUUCUUUUCUUAACCCUACAAUCCAGUUGGUUCAUGUAAUUUCUCUUUAGGCUAUGUCAGAAGUAAAAAUAGAUAACUUUCUGGAAGACCAUCUUCCCUGAGAAGCUGAGAACCUUCUAGAAAAAGAGAUGGUAACUCCAAUUCAAGGAAAAGGUGAUUUACUUCUUAAAUUAUCAAAAGUAUUUUAGAAACAGCCUGACCAUGAAAAUAUGAGGGGACUUCAGAAAGUUCAUGGAAACUCAGUUAAAACAGAAGUUGAGCAGGUGGGCACUGUGGCACAAGGCUGAGCUCCAGCUUAGGACACUGCAUCCCAGGUCGGAGUGCCUGGGUCAAGUGCUCUCCGCUCUGCUUCAAACCCAACUUCCUGCAGCGGAUGAUGGUCCUAGAUAGAAUUCCUAGCUCCUGGCUUCGGGCUGGCCCAGCCUCAGCUGUUGCCAGCACUGGGGGAGUGAGCCCUCAGAUGGAAGAUCUCUCUGUGUAUCUCUCCAUUUCUCUCUCUGCUACUCUUCCCUUCAAUUACUACCAGAAUGAAAAAAAAAAAAAGAUGUUUAUUUUGAUACAAAAAAAUUGAAAUCCAUGCAGUUUUUUUCCACAAUGUAUUGUCCAUGAACUUUUUGAAGAUCCCUCAUAUUACAGUACAUUUUCUACUUUGAGUUUAUUUUGAUUCUGAUUUUAACUUGCAUUCUCAAGCCAUUGGGAAGAGAACUAAUUCAAAGCAGUUUAGAAAAGGCGCAUUCAGCUAAUUUGGGAUUCAGAUUUUAUUACCCCUGAAAGUGGGUAACUGGUUAACAUGUUUCUAUUUUCAGAGUGAAAAAAGUAAAACCAGAAACCAGACCAACCAAUUUAAGUUUUCUUAAAGAUUCAGGCUCCUCCUGUUUCUUAUAACACAAGUCUUUGCUUUAGGCUAGAGUUGUCUAUUUUUCUCAGCCUAGCAUAAGUAUGUUUUUCUUCAGAAACUGACUUGGCUUAAAUCCUCCAACUGACUGCAUGAUGGACCUUCAGCCUUUCUACUCCCAAAUUUGAAAAAUAUCACAUGAAAUACUACCCAUAAAGUUUUCUCCAAUUUGGCUACCUUAUUAAUGAAUAAAUCCAAAGGUACCUGGGACUCUUUCCCAUGUGCAAAAAAAAAAAAAAAUGAAAUUAGCAAAAUCCAGUUUAUCUCCACCCUUUCAAAGGAAUUAGUCUAACCUACCACUACAGUGUUUGAACCUCAAAACACAUAUGAGGUCCGUUGAUUGUACAGACUAGUUUCAGUGAGGCAUCUUAUGUUACAGACUGGAAUGUUUGCUUUUGUUUUUGAAGUUCCUUGUAAUGGCAUUUGACAAGAGAGUGUGAUAUAGUAGACCCGAUGGCAUGUUAGUCAGCUUUUCAGGACUUUAACUAAAAUACCUAAGAGGGGCUUCUUGGGAAGGAGGAAGUUUCUUUCAGCUUACAGUUUGCAGGUCACAGUUCAGGCUCUGGUAGCCCCCUGGUCUGCAUCUGUUGGAGGCUGGUUUGGCGGAAUGGGUGUGCAGGGGGUACAAUGACAUAGUGAGCCGGGACGCAGGGAGAGAAGCAAGGCAGGAAUUGAUUUAAAAAUAACCAACUCCUUCCAAGACUUGCCUUCUGAGGGUACACCCCAGUGACCUAAAGACCUCGCACACCUCAGAGACUGUGUUUAGAUCAAGUCUCCACCCUUAAUCUGUGAACCUUUGACGUAAGACUUCAGAGUUUCACAUCUGCGUGAAUUUUGGAAAAUCAAAUCCUGCCCAAUCCAUAACAGGUGGCCCUAGGGUUUGUUCCAGCCAUCUCUUUACAGAUAAGGUAAAAAUAGAUGCCCAAAAGAUUGACUCCGCUAAGGUGAUACAGCUAGUUAGUGAGAGAGCCAGAAGCAGAUCCACUGUCACCUGAUCCCUUCCUUUCCACCUAACCAGAGCUUUCUAAGCCUCCAUCAUGGCUUUUGUCACUAGUGCCUAUACAGCAUUUAAUCAACAUUAUCCUUUAAAUGCACUCACAUAUUAAGCUUCAACGUAUGCAAAAAAAAAAAAAAAAAAGUUGGACAAAGAAGAGUAACUACAAAGUAAUGAAUUUGAUUUGCUAGUUACAUAUUUUUUUAAUACACUUCAAAAUAAAAAAUGUGGAACAGGCAUUUAGUCUAGCAGUCAAGAUGGCCACAUCCCACAUCAGAGUGCCUGGGUUCAGUUCUUGGCUCCAGCUCCUGAGUGCUGACCCCUUGUUGAUGCAGAUCCUGAGAGGCAGCAGUGAUGACCCAAAUAAUUGGGUUCCUACCACUCCCUCAACCUCUGCCUCAGCCCAGUCCCCGCUAUUGUGGGCAUUUGGGGAAUGAACUAGCAGAUGGAACCUCCUUCUCUCUGUCUUCCUGACUUUCAAAUAAAUUUUUAAAAACUUUAAAAAUUUUUUAAGAUUAGUUGGCGUGCCUCGUUAUUUUUGUAUAAUGCCAGCAAGGCACCCAUUAGCCUUCACUGUCUCUGGUCUGUCAUUUGCAUGCAUAAGUUACAAGUAUUCAUGGUAUAAGGUGGAUGCAAAAGCUAGUGAAAGCAGGAAAGAAUAUUUUGGGCAGCAGUGUUUGUGAUCAGGCUACACAGGCUUUCCCAGUCUUACACUUUCAGCUCUCCCUUCAGGAACCAGGGAUACAAUGGGUUCCUUCAUUUCUCCUAAAUUAUGAGCAUAUUUAGGUUUGUAAAGAAAGUCACAGUUUUCCUAAAAUGAUGUAAAGAUUACCCAUGUGAACCCUGGCUUCUCAGUUGUUACACGCUUGCUUUACAGUGAGUAAUUCUGUAAACCAUCACUCUGAGAAUAGAACCAUGAUCAGCAGUUAAGGUUGUGUCAUAUACUACGAGUGUGUCAGAAAUCACCAUGGAUAAACAGGAAGGCAAUACUUACAUUUAUUUCAACCUAGUCCAUUACAGCGGUGCAGACUAAGCUAUAUGCUUACGCCUUGUGAAGAAAGGUGUUUUGAAAAACAAAAGUAUUAGUGUAUAUAAUCUAGAGAUUAAGAACACAUUCAACCUUUGCUUGAUUUUCUCACUGAUGAAUGAACUCCUGGCAUGAAACAGUAUCAAGAAUGUUAAGAAAAUAGUGAACAUUAUAUGGCAAAACACAGCUCUCAAAUGUAUAUAAUAGAUAUUAAGUCUACUUUUAAUUUCUCCAUUCACAUGUGUUUUCCAUGGUUUACUGGUAUUAAGAGAAAGAAUAUCAUAGAAAAUAUUCCUCAGAGAGUAAUAGCCUUCAUUGUUUUCAUUCUUAAACUGGAUGGAAAAAGAUGAGCAAAUUCUCUUAUAGUCAAUAUAGUUUUCUCAAGCAAUUUGGAAAAGUCUUACAGAAUUAAAAUACUGUAAUCAUAGCUGGUCAGAAUGCUUACAAGUUUUAUUUCCUGACAAUAGAAUUGACAAUGUCAAAAAUUGUUUAGUAUCAUUUGAUGUCCUAUUUAUCUAAAAAACAUGUUUUUAAUAUUACAGAUCAAUUAUAGAUAAUUUCUUUGAUUGUGGAACAAAUUCUGUCAAGAUUGAUCUUUUAAAAGUCUGUGACUAUGGGCCGGCGCCGCAGCUCAAUAGGCUAAUCCUCCGCCUGCAGCGCCAGCACACCGGGUUCUAGUCCCUGUUGGGGCGCCAGAUUCUGUCCUGGUUGCUCCUCUUCCAGGCCAGCUCUCUGCUGUGGCCCGGGAGUGCAGUGGAAGAUGGCCCAAGUGCUUGGGCCCUGCACCCCAUGGGAGACCAGAAGAAGCUCCUGGCUCCUGGCUUCGGAUCAGCGCGGUGCACCGGCCACAGCGGCCACUGGGGAGUGAACCAAUGGAAAAGGAAGACCUUUCUCUCUGUCUCUCUCUCUCACUGUCCACUCUGCCUGUCAAAAAAAGAAAAAAAAUUCUGUGACUAUGACAAUAUUGUGUCACUCUGGCAUUAAGAGAGGUAGCCCACUGCAGCUAAAAGUUCCAUCAUGCUGAAGCGUAUGGAGCACAUGAAAUCAAUUUGGUAGCACCCCAAACUCACAGAUCCUGUAAUGAUUAUGGACUAUUGGAUGUUCUCAUUUUUAUGUUUUACAAAAAGACUAUAUGCUGUAUUUAACACAAAACAUUGUCAAUGGUCUCCAAACCAUGAUAGGCAAUAUGGUAUUAUUCCUAAAGUGGUAACUGCAGCAUAUCAAGGAAAAAAAUUUGCCUUUUCUUCUUGGAAAUAUUAACUCUAUGUAGUAGCAAACUGUGAAGCCAAUGCUAUUGUGUUGUAUUUUUAAUAUUAAAUAUAAAUGAUACCAUCUUUGUGUAAUCUGAAUUUUACAUAUAGAGAUUUUUUAAUACAGUAGUUGAAUAGGAGACAUGCUUUCCCUAUGACAAACUAUAUUUACAAUGAUCUAAAAGUCAAAAUACCCCACAUCUCCAACAUUAAUAUAACAUAGUAUUUUAUGGCCAUUAAGACAUCCCUUAAUCCCUUCCAUAAUGUGUAAGAGAAUAUUGAGUCACAGAGAUUAAGUAAUUUGUUCAAAAUAGAUAAUAGAUAAGACUGAUAAAUAAUUUUAAACUUCUACAGUUUCUGAGCAUCUUGAUCAACAGAUUAAUACUAAAACUGUAUUAUUCAUUCACUAAUCUACCCAACACAUGUGGAGCACUACUACAUGUGGAGAAUGACAAAGGUAAGACAUGCUACAGAUUCCCAAGAAUUGCAUAGGAGGCAGCAAGGGAAAAGCACAUGCAGAGAUUAUAACAUAGGGCGGAAGGUGUGGAGAAGAGACGAGAACUGAGAGCAAGUGUGAUUUGAGUUCAGCUUCUUGCUGGAAGAAUCAGGGAAUACUUUGAGAAAGAAUUGACACUAAAAAUGGAAGAAGGUUUACUGGCUGUAGGAAAUGUAAAAACGGAAUCACAGAUAUAGUAAGUCUAGGAAAUACUUGUCGAAGAGAAGUAGUGGGAACUGCAAAAAAAAAAGAUAGGUUGAUCCUGUUGUGUGAAUAAGGCUACAGUGCAGGCUUUUGCCUGGAAAUGGUAUGCACUUUGUUAAAAUCUGGGCACUGCUCUGGAUGGGCUGUACUGGAAUAAUUAUGGAAUGGAAAGGCUGGAGAUGGAACACCAGUUGGUAGUCCAGGACAGUAGUCCAGACAUGACUUAAGUAAGUUCUCAAUCAAGUUUUAGUAUUGGGAAUAAACAGGAGGCCACUGAUUGAAAUUCUAUGCAGAGAGGGAGAGGAUUUGUCCUCGGGUAUUCGAAACCAGUACCAGCUCUUGCCACUUUAGCAGAUGUGCAUUUUAUGAGAUUGGUUCCAAUUAAUGCAAUAUCCUCUAUUUACAAAUACUACAGCUCCUCUGAAAAAUUAAAUAAUAGUAACUACCUUUUCAUUUGGACAACAGAUAACCCCGCAGAUUUAGUAUUCAUAAGAACUCUCCCAAAAGGAAAAUACACAUCUGAAUAAUACUCUAAGAAUUAUGGAAGAAGAGUGUAAAAAUUGACAUCAAAAAAGUAACUGUCUUUGGGACUCAAAGAAUGCAAAGCACAACCAAAUAGGGAGACUUGGGAGUAAUAGCACAAUAAACAUGUUUCUGAUUUUUGUUAACCAUUUAUGAGGGAAAACAUAGAAAAUAGCAGCUAAAAGGAAAACAAGGGUUAUUUUAAAAUGUGUACAUCUUACAGUUCUGAAGGGACCUGAUGCAUCAUCUGGUCCAGACCUGUAAUUUCCCAGGAGGUAACAGUUUCCUUGGAGGCUGAGUAGCUCUCCAUUGAGAUAGCCGCUCAACAGCAGGCUUGAUGCAGGAGCCUGGGCCUCCAGCUCCGCUCUCUCCUCUCCUUUCUAGACAAGGAGAAAAGUGUCAAUGCUCUGUCCUUUGCUACUCAAAGAGGUCCAGUGAGUGAAUUAAACGAAGUCAAUAUUCAUAAAAAUCUUUUUUUUUUUUUUUUUUUUUGACAGGCAGAGUGGACAGUGAGAGAGAGAGAGACAGAGAGAAAGGUCUUCCUUUGCCGUUGGUUCACCCUCCAAUGGCCGCCGCGGCCGGCGCACCGCGCUGAUCCGAUGGCAGGAGCCAGGUGCUUCUCCUGGUCUCCCAUGGGGUGCAGGGCCCAAGGACUUGGGCCAUCCUCCACUGCCUUCCCGGGCCACAGCAAAGAGCUGGCCUGGAAGAGGGGCAACCGGGACAGAAUCUGGCGCCCCGACCAGGACUAGAACCUGGUGUGCCGGCGCCGCAGGCGGAGGAUUAGCCUAUAGAGUCACGGCGCUGGCUCCAUAAAAACCUUAAAUGUCUUACAUCAAUACCUAAGGCUUUGAGCCUGAAAGAACUGGAAGUUUAUAACUUUUAAUUUUUAUUUCCUUUUUCUUUAUUUAUAUGAAAAGCAGAGAGAGCCAGACAGGGAGAGCUCUUCUGUCUACUAAUUCAUUCCCCACCUGCCCACAACAGCUAGGUUGGGGCUGGGCUAGGCCGAAUCCAGGAACCUAGAACUUAAUCCAGGUCUCCCUCGUGGGUGGCAGGGACCCAAGAAUUUGAGCCACUACUUUUUGCCUCCCAAGGUGUGCAUUAGUGGGCAGCUGGGUUGGAAACAGGUGAGUCUCGAUCCAGGCACUCACAUUAUGGGAUGCAGGUGUCCCAAACACUGCUGUGACAGCUGCACCAAACACCUGUCCCGAUGUUUUUUCACACCAAUAGAAACACUUCAGUUUUGAUCAUUGAUAACUCAUUAAAUAAACUGCAAACCUCAUAACAGCAUAUAUUUCAAUAUCUGAUUCCCCAAAGAAAAUUUGGUAAUGCUGAUUGUCCUUUAUUUAUGUAUUUAUUAAAAGAUUUAUUACUUAUUUAUUUCAAAGGCAGAAUUAUAGAAGAGAAAGAGAGAUCUUUGAUCUACUGGUUCACUCCCCCAGAAGCCCUCAAUGGCCAGGGCUGGGCCAGGCUGAAGCCAGGAGACUGGAGCUUCUCUGGAUCUCCCACGUGAGUGCAGGGGCUUUCCCAGGUGCAUUAGUAGGGAGCUGGACUAAAAGUGGAGCAGCUGAGACUUGAACUGGUGCAUAUAUGGGAUGGGCUGCCAGCAUCACAGGUGGCAGCUUAACCCACUACACCACAACACCCACCCCCAGCUGUCCAUUUUGUAAAACACAGUGUUUAAAAUGUAUUUAUUUGAAAGGCAGAGCAACAGAGAGAGAGGGGGAGAGACAAAGAGAGACAAAUCUGCUAUUCCCUAGUUCAUUCCCCAAAUGGCCACACCAACCAGGUCUGGAUCAGUCUGAAGCCAGGAGCCCAGGAACUCAUCCAGGUCUCCCACAUGGGUGGCAGGGCCAUAAUCUGCUGCCUUCCCAGACGCAUUAACAGGAAGCUGGACUGGGAGCGGAGCAGCCAGAACUUGAACCCACACCCUGUUACGGGAUGCCAGUGUUACAAGUGGCAGCUUAACCCUCUGGCCUUGCUUAUUGUCUUUUGAGGUUUGUGAAAUAUAAAAUGCUCAAAUGACUUACUUACUAGAAUUAUAAAAGAAAUAUUAUAGGAUCAUUACACCUCCCAAAAGUAG